AUGUAUUGCCUCGCCGUCCUCGUCGGCGUCAUUGGCUUUGUCUCAGCCUUACCCACACGAAUCAUCGCGACAGGCCAAACAGCCAUUGGAGGAGUGUUUACUCCUUCACUAGAGGCAGCGGAUCCUGCGCUCGACGCCGUCGUAAGAAUACCACAACAACCUGCACCUUUCCCGACGGGCACGCCCUUCCGACCGAAGAGCCAACUUGAGGCGCCCUCUAGCGGCAUGGCGGCGCCCUACCGCAACAUCACAGCUGUGCGGCCUCACGCCAACAAGGUGUCGUUGAAAGAUCUGCACACCCGCCAGGACAACUCGUCCUCGCCCUCCUCAACUUCCUCCAACGCAGGAUCCGCUCUUGUUUACAACGCCUGCACCUUCACCGUGCAGAGCAACAUCGUGCAUGCGCCCCGCGCAGGGGAGGCCGGUGCGCCAGAGGAGAUUACAGGCGCUAUUGCUCCAGGCGAGACGUUCUCGCAUCCUUUCUCCCAUGACCCAAACAUGGGCAUCAGUUGGAAGAUCUGGCGCACCGAUGGCGACAACAACAAUCCCGUCCAGUUCGAGUACGCGUGGACGCCCGACACGGCGCGCAUCUGGUAUGACAUGAGCAUGAUCAACGCCGGAGAGAUCGAGUGGCUGGAGCCCGACAGCCACGAGGGGGAGACCAUCGAGGACGGGGCCAACAACGACGGCACCGGCGACUUAACCGGGAAGGUUGCCGUGGAGCAUCCGUUUGGCGGGGAUGACGAGGGCAUGAGGCUCGAUCCACAGGGCGGUGGUGACUGCGAUCCAGUCGUCUGUCCCGCCGGAGAGCAGUAUUGCCUAAAGGCAUACAAUACUGACACCGACGACCAGGCAAUGAGGGACUGCGCGGAGUCUGCGGACCUGAGAUUGACGUUGUGUGGUUGA